UCUGGGCUGUUCCCCCAUAGACUCAAGGCCGGCCCAGAGUGGCUAAGAGCAAAGCAAACAGCCUUAUCGUGAAAGUGUGGGGCCCCGACUAUAAAUAGAGGAGCCGCUUGAGUCCUCCCCUCACUCAAGAUGAAACUCCUUCUGCUGGUCACUCUGCUCACAGGUGCUGCUGCACACAGCAUCAGCCCUCGGGCUGUGUGGCAGUUCCGCAAUAUGAUCAAGUGCACCAUCCCCGGGAGUGAUCCCCUGAAGGAAUACAACAACUAUGGCUGCUACUGUGGCUUGGGCGGCUCAGGUACUCCGGUGGACGAAUUAGACAGAUGCUGCCAGACUCACGACCACUGCUACACUAAGGCAAAGAAGCUGGAUAGCUGUAAAUUCCUCAUAGACAACCCCUACACCAAUACAUACUCAUACUCGUGCUCCGGGAAUGAGAUCACCUGCAGUGACAAAAAUAAGCCUUGUGAGGCCUUCAUCUGCAACUGUGACCGUGAGGCCGCCAUUUGUUUCUCCAAGGCUCCAUACAACAAGGAGAACAAAAACAUUAAAUGCUAGAUUUGUCACCUCACUUACUGGUACACCCUCCCUGUCUGCCUGGUUGU